AUGUCUCCAGAACAACCCAAGGGUCCUCUAGGAUAUCAUCGUGUCCUUGCACCGUCUGCGGGCGUCAAGGUGUCUCCACUAUGCCUGGGUGCGAUGAACUUUGGGACCGCAUGGGAAGAGUCCAUGGGCAAAUGCUCAAAACAGGAUGCCUUUGCCAUUAUGGAUGCGUUCUAUGAGAAUGGGGGUAACUUUAUCGACACUGCGAAUAAUUACCAGUCCGAACAAUCAGAAGAAUGGAUCGGGGACUGGAUGACAGCCCGUGGGAACCGCGAUCAGAUGGUCAUCGCAACCAAAUACACCACGGGCUUUCGCACUGCGCACUUUGACAGAGAACCCAUCCAGUCCAACUACGUCGGUAACUCCCUCAAGUCGCUGCACAUAUCCGUCAAUCACAGCCUCAGGAAGCUGCAGACGGACUACAUCGAUCUCCUCUACGUGCACUGGUGGGACUUCACGACCAGCGUCGAGGAGGUCAUGCACGGGCUUAAUGCGCUGAUCUCUGCAGGUAAGGUCCUGUACCUCGGGGUUUCGGAUACGCCCGCCUGGGUGGUGGUCAAGGCGAACGCGUACGCGCGAGCCCACGGGCUGCGGCCAUUCUCCGUCUACCAGGGCAAGUGGAAUGCGCUGUGCAGGGACAUGGAGCGUGAGGUUAUUCCGAUGUGUCGGGAUCAGGGCAUGGCGAUUGCUGCGUGGGCGCCGUUGGGUCAGGGGCGGUUCAAGACGGCGGAGGCCCGCGAGGCGGCGCAUGCUGGUGGAGGACGCUCGGCUCAAAUGAACGAGAAUGAGACUAAAGUGUCCGAGACGCUCGAAGAGGUUGCGAAGCUGAGGAAUACGAGUCUAUGUGCUGUGGCUCUCGCGUAUGUCCUGCACAAGUCGCCUUACGUCUACCCGAUUAUUGGGCAGCGGAAGGCUGAGCACCUUCUGGCGAAUAUUGAGGCGCUCAAUGUUGAGUUGUCUAGGGCGGAUAUGGUUAAGAUCGAUACCGCUGUAUCAUUCGAUCCGGGUUUCCCGAUGAAUUUCAUCUUUCAAGAUACGCCCUACAACUUGAAUUUGACGGCCGCAGAUGUGACUUAUACUCGCCUUUCAGUACACCUGCAUUCCCCUCCUCAUCAACAGCCAGUCAAGCCGCGCCAGGCGACUUGAAGUGGAGGUCGAUCUCUGGUGGGUUUCUAUCUUGCUCCUUAUUAUGUGCCUCGAGCCCCCAGCCGCUAUCAAGGGUCAUGGACAAGCUUCCCGUUCUGUAUUGAGUACGGAUCCUCGAGGUAAGGUCAGCUCACCAGAAGGAGACAGAUAGUUGGUAAUUCCAUAGACAUACUAGAAAAUGUGUCAGCUAAAAAAGUCGCGUAUGCGGUAUAUAUAAAGCAGCAUGGACCGUGAUUCCCGAUAAAGAGCUCCGCACUGGAGGACAGGAAGGACCACCCCUGCGGAGAAGGCUGGCUGCAAGCACUCGCUGCUCUGUGGAUUUUACCCUGGCAAAAAUAAGUACUCCCGGUGCAAGUUGACACCACGUAGGCUCAGACCAUGGAACGUGUAAUUGCGCGCGUUUUCAGUUGCAAACAACUUAGGCCAAGAGCUAUCAGGGAAGCUCGGCUUGAGAUCACGUAGUUCUUGGUCUAGUUCGCGAAUGUACUGAAGGC